AUGUCGAGCAUCAAGUGUCUCUUCUUCUGCAUCUUUUGGAUAAGUAUUAAUUGUGCGCAACUCGCGAAGACCGAAGAUGUCUUGAAUAAAAUCAAAGUGGGAUUGCAAUACGCAAGUAAUUAUCUGGAAACCGCUAAGGAUAUCGCCGACCUGGUGUCUAAAAGUUUAGGUGGCAAACAGAAGCAGAAACGAGGAGAAGAUGAAGCCAAAGAUGAGACAAAGAUACCGUUUGGUCCCUCAAAUUUCGUUUCCUCAUUCUUUCAAAUUUUCGGACUUGAUUCGCAAAAGAUCGCAGCAAUCGCAAUCAACAGCGUUAUAUUUCUCGCACAGAUGAUAAGUUCACUUUUUGGUUUAAAAUCACCGCAAAGUAAUAUCACCGAUAAAGACGCGAAUGAUCGAGAACCGCGCUGGGAUCCCCUAAAAUUUACUUUGGAAAAUAAAAAUGAGAAAAUUCGAAACUUACUCGAUCAAGCGAGAGAUCCUAAUCUACCGAAUCACUUGAUAACGAGAAUGAGCGGUUCCGAUUCUGCUUGCAUCAGAUUGCUGCUGUGCAAAUCAUCUCCGGUCAUUAGGGCGGCGCAGAAUUCUCUUAGCAACAAGUCGCAGGAACAAAUGCGUCGAAUUACUUCGUGGCUACCAUCUCAAGACGAAUUCGAAACAAACAGCGACAAAUGCGAUGACGAGCACACUGAUUGUCGUUUAUUUUCGUUGUGAUAAAGAACUCAUUCGGGAAAG